UUCUCCGCCCCCUCGGCGGGGUCAGAGGUCAGCCGAGCGCCGGUCCGCCGGGGUUGCAAUGGCGGGGCUGUGGGUAGGGGCAGUAGCGCUGGUUACGGCUGGGCGGCGUGGGAGGCUGCCGCCGCAGCAGCUGAUGCGAAGCGCGGCUCUGAGGACCCUGAAGCAUGUUCCACACUAUUCAAGACAGCACUUAUUGGUGUCCCGUGGUCUCGGUUCAGUGGGAUAUGAUCCUAGUGAAAAAACUUUUGAUAAAAUUCUUAUUGCUAAUCGAGGAGAAAUUGCAUGUAGGGUUAUUAAAACUUGCAAGAAGAUGGGCAUUAAGACUGUUGCCAUCCACAGUGAUGCAGAUGCAAGUUCUGUUCACGUGAAAAUGGCGGAUGAGGCCGUCUGUGUUGGCCCAGCUCCCACCAGUAAAAGCUACCUCAACAUGGAUGCCAUCAUGGAAGCCAUUAAGAAAACCAGGGCCCAAGCUGUACAUCCAGGUUAUGGAUUCCUUUCAGAAAACAAAGAAUUUGCCAAAUGUUUGGCAGCAGAAGAUGUCAUUUUCAUUGGACCUGACACACAUGCUAUUCAAGCUAUGGGUGACAAGAUUGAAAGCAAAUUGUUAGCUAAGAAGGCAAAUGUCAACACCAUCCCUGGCUUCGAUGGGGUAGUUAAGGAUGCAGAUGAAGCUGUCAGAAUUGCAAGGGAAAUUGGACGAGUUGAUGAGGAAGAAGGCCUAUUUCAGCUCAUGGUUUUGGAGGUUCACAGUCCAAGAUCAGGCUACCCUGUCAUGAUCAAGGCCUCAGCAGGUGGUGGUGGGAAAGGCAUGCGCAUCGCUUGGGAUGAUGAAGAGACCAGAGAUGGCUUUAGAUUUUCAUCUCAGGAAGCUGCUUCUAGUUUUGGUGAUGAUCGACUACUAAUAGAAAAAUUUAUUGAUAACCCUCGUCAUAUAGAAAUCCAGGUUUUAGGUGAUAAACAUGGGAAUGCUUUGUGGCUUAAUGAGAGAGAGUGCUCGAUUCAGAGAAGAAACCAGAAGGUGGUGGAGGAAGCCCCAAGCAUUUUUUUGGACCCCGAGACUCGAAGAGCCAUGGGAGAACAAGCUGUAGCUCUUGCCAAAGCAGUGAAGUAUUCCUCUGCUGGCACGGUGGAGUUCCUGGUAGACUCAAAGAAGAAUUUUUACUUCCUGGAAAUGAACACGAGACUCCAGGUUGAGCAUCCUGUCACAGAAUGCAUUACUGGCCUGGACCUGGUCCAAGAAAUGAUCCGUGUUGCUAAGGGUUACCCUCUCAGGCACAAACAAGCUGAUAUUCCCAUCAACGGCUGGGCAGUUGAAUGCCGGGUUUAUGCUGAGGACCCCUACAAGUCUUUUGGUUUACCGUCUGUUGGGAGAUUGUCUCAGUACCAAGAACCAAUACAUCUACCUGGUGUCCGGGUUGACAGCGGCAUCCAACCAGGAAGUGAUAUUAGCAUUUAUUACGAUCCAAUGAUUUCAAAAUUAAUCACAUACGGCUCUGAUAGAACUGAAGCACUGAAGAGAAUGGAAGAUGCGCUGGAUAAUUACGUUAUUCGAGGUGUUGCACAUAAUAUUGCCUUACUUCGAGAGGUGAUUAUCAAUUCACGCUUUGUUAAAGGAGACAUCAACACUAAGUUUCUCUCUGAUGUGUACCCUGAUGGCUUUAAAGGGCACACGUUGACAGAGAAUGAGAGAAAACAGUUAUUGGCAAUAGCGUCAUCAUUGUUUGUGGCAUCCCAAUUACGAGCACAACGUUUUCAAGAACAUUCAAGAGUUCCUGUUGUUAAAUUGGACACGGUUAAGUGGGAGCUCUCAAUAAAAUUGCAUGAUGAAGAUUAUACUGUCACAGCCUCAAACAGUGGAUCAACAUUCUCUGUGGAAGUUGAUGGGUCGAAACUAAAUGUGACCAGUACGUGGAACCUGGCUUCGCCCUUGUUGUCUGUCAACGUUGACGGCACUGAGAGGACUGUACAGUGCCUUUCUCGAGAAGCAGGGGGCAGCAUGAACAUUCAGUUUCUUGGCACAGUGAUGAUUCGGAAGCUUCUGGAAGUGAUGACCAAUGCAGACAACUGACGGGAAAGCCAGAAGACAGGCAUGGGGCGUCUCAUGUGCUCAGUUACCCCACUCCUCCUCCUCUUUGGCAAUCAGUCCACAGCGUGGUCUCUGGAGAGAAGAGUAAUACCACGGUGGGCGAGAUAAUUUUGACUACUUUAAGUUUGAGAUGCCAGCAAGAUAUCGGCACUGUAAGGAGAUGAGAAUAAAGCAAACGGGCGAGCAUGCGGGCAGGGGCUGUAUCAGCCGUAAAGGGGUAAUGAGAAUGGCCGAACUGAUGGGGCAACCCACGGGGAGGGAAAGGCGGCAGGGGGCAGGCCUGGAAGAGCAGUCUGGAUGCCCCCACAUCUCAGAGCGAGGCCCCUGUGCUCCCUCACAGCAUCGUUCAAACAACUGUGACGCUCUCUCUUGUCUGAAUCAUUUACGUUAAGUGUGGCUGUGGCAGCCAAGUUCAUAUAACCCUAGUCAUGGUUUCACAGUGUGCUGGGGUGUCACGAGUUAUUUCAGAGUAACCCAAAAUCUUUUUGCCACCUGCCAAAGUAUCUCAAAAUAAAAUUACUUGUAAUAGAUAACUUCAUGGCUUCCAUGAGGGUUUGGGAUGCAUCUACACGUAUCACCUCACUUAAUUCCACUCUGUUUCUAAGAUGAGAAAGCUGUGGGCAGAGCACCUAAGAGUUACUUGUGAAAACCAGAUGUUCAGUCACCACUGUGGCUUCAGUGUGCACGUUAGUGGUGCUAAGGGGCCGGAAUCCGCUCAAUCCAGUUGUGGUGUUUGGUGGUAGGACCUUUGGGAAGUGAUUGGAUUGGGUUAGGUUGUUAGAGUGGAUUUCCUAUGGUGGAGUCCUGUUGGCUUUAUAAGGAAAGAUAGAAAUGCCACAGAGAGCUAGGCAGUCAUACGAGCUCCCUGUCUCUUGCCAUGAGAUGCUCUGUGUUGCCCCCAUGACUCUGCCAGCACAAAGGCCAUCGCCACAGGAGGCCCACAGACCUUGUUUUGUUUUGUUUCUUUUCAUAUAUUUAUUUAUUUGAGAGGCAGAGUUACAUACAGAAGGAGAGAGAGAGAUCUUCCAUCUGCUGGUUCACUCCCUAAAUGGCUACAAUGGCCAGAUCUGUGCUGAUCCAAAGCCAGGAGCCAGGGACUUCUUGCAGGUCUCCCACCUGGGUGGCAGGACCCACACACUUGAGCCAUCUUCCCCUGCUUCCCAGGGCAUUAGCAGGGAGCUGGAUCAUAAGUGGAGCAGCUGGGAUUCAAACUGGCAUCCAUCUGGGAUGCCGGCACUGCAAGUAGAGGCUUAACCUAUUAUGCUGCAGUGCCAGUCCCAGCCCCUAGACCUUAUACCUCCAGAACCAUACCAAAUAAACCUCUUGAUAAAGUUAGCCUGCCUUCAGUAGUUCAUUAUAGUACCUGAAAGCUAACAGAUAUGCAUGCUCUUUGGAAUCUAUCUGGGAUUACUGAGCUAUAUGAUCACAAGGAAUUUCUGUGGCACACUGCCAGGAUGUUCGUGAAUACUGAAGGAGUGCAGGGGAGAGGGAGACGCACUGAAGCUUGACCUCACCCUGCAUUUGAUUCUCAGCUCUCCCACCUGCCAGCUUUGUGCACUUGAACAAGUUGCCUCUCCACUCCUCAGUUUUCUCAUCAGCAGCACAGACAGUCUCUACUUUUAUGCUGGUGGCAAAGGUUGAAUAAGAAAAUGUUUCAGAAAUGCCUGAAAAUAGCAGGCCCUUGGAACGCGAUAGCUUAGCUUUUAUUGCAGCGCCCUGUUCGCCCUCUGCUUCAUUUGGCCUCACGUCGUUGCCUCCCCAUUCUUUUCCACUUGCCUUUAGACAUGUUAUCAUCUGAAAUUGUCAUCUCAAUUGAGUCCACAAUUUGGUGCUCGGUCUGCAGAAAAAUUCAGAAGGGAAAAAAAUCACUCUCUUUGAUUUGAAAAGUCACAUUUUUGUUCAUCCUAUGGCUAUGACCCCUUCACACAGUUAACGUAUUAUUUGUCAUUGAGUGCUAAAUAUAAAGCACGUAUUUAAGUGUGUACCUCGCGGUAGCAAGGUGCUUAAGAACUUCUGUUUCCUUUUGAAGAGUAAUGAAGAUCGCCAAGGGCAGACCUUGGCCGGGGUGACUCUGGUGCCUUGCGUGUGAACAUUGCUGCUGAAAUCCCGCGCGUGCACAGAGGCGCAGUGCACCUGACGUGGGACAUGUCAUGUCCGUGCUUACGAGACUCCUGUGGGCCAGCCUCAGUCUGCAGGGCAGGCUGUGUCAGGCCACUGUACUCUGUUUAUCCGUCUUGUUGACCUCUCGGUAGCUUAGAGAGAAUGUUGUGGAAGUGGCAAGUCUGCUCCCGGAAGCCAUGAAUAAUGCAGUGGUUCUCAGACCUUGUCAUGUGUAGGAGUCACCUGGCAAGCUUGUGGAGUGUGCAGAGCCCCACUUCCGUCCCCAGAGAGGCUGACGUCCCAGGUCUGAGGUGAGGCCCGCAGACCGGUGUUUUGUCUAAAGCAGCUUCAGAUAUGCCAAGGCUAGGAUUUGGAACAUAAUUUAACUCCUAAGGUAGAACUGGCAUCUAUUUUAGGAAACUGAUACCAGCAAACACAUCAUAUUACUGGUUUUUGAGCCAAGCACAGUAGUGUUCCGAAUGGUUCUUCAGUGAGAGUUUAGGCCAAGCAUCUGAUGAUCUGAACUAAAUUAACCAACGUGUGUUUCCAUGGCAUAGACGUUUUUGCUUUGUUUAACUUGGGAGGGCAUGAUAGGGCCUAUAUCUAAAACGAGUGCUUCCAACUGCAGCUUUUAAGUUUACUCAUUGAUGUAUUUGACUUAUUUCAAUUCUUAUACCCAUGCAAAAAUACUUCUUACAUUUUUGCCUGGAGCAUGGUUUUUCAACCUUGGCAGUAUUGAUGUUUUUGGUGCAGUCAAUUUUUUUUUUUUGUGUAGGACUACCCUGUGCAUACAGGAUGCUUAGCAGUCCCUGGGUUCUAAAAGCCUUAUCCCCACAUGGAACAGCCAAGAUUGUCCCUAGACAUUGCUGAAUGGCCCCAAAGGGAUGGGGGGGACAAACUUCCCCCAGUUGGCCUAGAGAAUAUAAUAAUCAUUGGAAAUUUUAGUUUCCUUCCCAUUUAAUAAGUAUGAUGUUCUAGAGAUUUUAUGGAAAAAUUAGAUUGAAAGAUACAGUGUAUUUUUAGUAGCAAUCUUCUUAAAAUCCAUAUACACACACACACAGACACACACAUAUUUUUACUUGAAAGGCAGAGUAACAGAGAGAGAGAGAGAGAGAGAGAAAUUGAUUGAUCUCUUCUCCACUGGUUCACUUUCCAAAUGCCCAUAACAGACAGGACAGGGCUAAGCUAGAGCCAGGAGUCUGAGCUCCAUCCUGGUCUCCCACAUGGGCAGCAAGGGCCCAAGCACUUGGAGCAUCUUUGCCUGCUUUCCCAGGCCUUGAGCAGGAGGCUGGAUGAGAGCACGGUGCCCAGGACCCCAGCUGGCACUCUCCUAUGCAGGAGGCUCAAGCAGUGGUUAAACCACUGCACCACAAUGUCCACCCCGAAGUAGGUUUGUUGUAGUGCAAAAAAAAGAAA